UGAAGCCUAAAUUUAAAGAUAUAGAAGCAAGAUGAUAUAUCCUUACACUGAAACAUGCCAUUGACAUAGGAAUAGUUUUGUGAAAUGAUAGAUGAUUAUAGAUUCAUGGUCAACAACUUCACAUGAACUGUAAACCUCGAGCUAACUUGUUCCUUUUUUCUUCAUUUUAUUUUUAAGAAAGAAGGAGAAAAUAAAACAAUUCCAGCAUGGAAAUAUGAAUUUCUAUUCUUCUCUGAUUGCUCAAUCCGCACACACAAAAUCGUUAACUACCCUCAGAGCAGUUCACACUAACGUCAUCAAAUCUGGUUUCUCUUACUCAUUUUUAGGCCACAAGCUCAUUGAUGGCUACAUCAAAUGCGGCAGCCUUGCGGAGGCACGCAAGCUGUUCGACGAAUUGCCCAGCAGACACAUAGUUACUUGGAAUUCGAUGAUCUCUUCUCAUAUCAGUCACGGGAAGAGCAAAGAAGCCGUUGAGUUUUAUGGCAACAUGCUUAUGGAGGGUGUUUUACCUGAUGCUUACACCUUCUCUGCCAUCUCUAAGGCUUUUUCGCAGUUGGGUCUCAUACGCCAUGGCCAGAGGGCUCAUGGGUUGGCGGUGGUUUUGGGUUUGGAGGUCCUGGAUGGGUUUGUUGCUAGUGCCCUUGUUGAUAUGUAUGCCAAGUUUGAUAAAAUGAGGGAUGCCCAUUUGGUGUUUCGCCGUGUUUUGGAGAAAGAUGUUGUCUUGUUCACUGCAUUGAUUGUGGGUUAUGCUCAGCAUGGUCUUGAUGGGGAAGCUUUAAAGAUUUUUGAGGACAUGGUCAAUAGGGGUGUUAAGCCUAAUGAGUAUACCCUUGCUUGCAUCCUGAUAAAUUGUGGCAAUCUAGGGGAUUUAGUUAAUGGCCAGUUGAUUCAUGGUCUUGUAGUUAAGUCUGGUCUGGAAUCUGUUGUUGCUUCACAGACUUCACUCCUUACCAUGUAUUCAAGAUGCAACAUGAUCGAGGAUUCUAUAAAAGUGUUUAAUCAGCUUGAUUAUGCAAAUCAGGUGACCUGGACAUCUUUUGUAGUGGGUCUUGUGCAAAAUGGCAGAGAGGAGGUUGCUGUGUCAAUAUUCAGGGAAAUGAUUCGUUGUUCAAUAAGUCCAAAUCCUUUCACAUUGUCCAGUAUUCUUCAAGCAUGCUCAAGCCUUGCAAUGCUUGAAGUAGGGGAACAGAUCCAUGCCAUAACCAUGAAACUAGGAUUGGAUGGAAAUAAGUAUGCUGGUGCAGCACUGAUUAAUUUGUAUGGAAAAUGUGGAAAUAUGGAUAAGGCGAGAUCUGUUUUUGAUGUGCUAACUGAGUUAGAUGUAGUAGCCAUCAAUUCAAUGAUCUAUGCUUAUGCCCAAAAUGGUUUUGGGCAUGAAGCACUUGAGCUGUUCGAAAGACUGAAAAAUAUGGGACUUGUGCCAAAUGGUGUGACAUUUAUCAGUAUUCUCUUGGCAUGCAACAAUGCAGGGUUAGUUGAAGAAGGCUGUCAAAUAUUUGCCUCCAUUAGGAAUAAUCACAAUAUUGAAUUGACAAUAGACCAUUUUACUUGUAUGAUUGAUUUGCUAGGACGAUCAAGGAGACUUGAAGAGGCUGCAAUGUUGAUAGAGGAAGUGAGAAAUCCGGAUGUGGUACUGUGGAGGACACUGCUGAACUCAUGUAAGAUUCAUGGAGAGGUAGAAAUGGCAGAGAAAGUUAUGAGUAAAAUCCUCGAGCUUGCUCCUGGUGAUGGGGGAACACAUAUCCUCUUAACAAAUCUUUAUGCUUCUGCUGGGAAAUGGAACCAGGUGAUUGAGAUGAAAAGCACAAUAAGAGAUCUGAAAUUGAAGAAAAGUCCUGCAAUGAGUUGGGUUGAUGUUGAUAGAGAGGUGCAUACUUUUAUGGCAGGAGAUUUGUCUCACCCAAGGUCUCUUGAAAUUUUUGAAAUGUUGCAUGGAUUAAUGAAGAAGGUUAAAACUCUGGGUUAUAAUCCUAAUACCAGAUUUGUGUUGCAGGAUUUGGAUGAAGAGAAGAAAAUAAGUUCUUUAUAUUAUCACAGUGAAAAAUUAGCUAUAGCUUAUGCUUUAUGGAAGACUAUUGGUAGGACUACUACUAUCAGGAUUUUUAAGAAUCUUAGAGUUUGUGGUGACUGCCACAGUUGGAUAAAAUUUGUUUCUUUACUUACUGGGAGAGAUAUUAUUGCUAGAGAUUCAAAGAGAUUCCAUCAUUUUAAAGGAGGUCUAUGUUCCUGUAAAGAUUACUGGUGAAUCAUAUUUGUUAUAUGCUAUGCCUAGCCUUCUAGAUG